AUUAAAUGAAUUAAAUCUUGCAAAUAACUUAAUUGAUGACUUUGAUGAAAAUACAUUUUCAUUUUCACAAACAAAUAAAAUUAAUAUUUAUCUAAAUAAUAACAAAAUAACAAAUGACUGUGUAAAAAAAAUAAAACCAACCGAUGGUAAUCUUUAUAUUGAUUUAACUAAUAACAAAAUAGAUGAAUUAAAAGACGAUGUUUACACUAAAUUUUUAACCAGUGGCAACGUUAAAUUAAAUUUAGAUCAAAAUUUCAUAAAAUGUGAAUGGACUGAUGUUAGAUAUCUUUUUAAUAUAAAAAAUUUGCAAAAAAACAUUUUACAUGCUUAUUGUCAAAAAUUAAAUUCUGAUAUAUUUGAAACUGAUGCAGAGAAAAUUAAUGGAUCGCCGUGUCAAAAAAAUGAUACAACAAUAAAGGAAAAACCUAUGUAUUAUUGUAAAGAACAUAAAAGUUGGGGACUUUGUAUUGCAAAAACACCAGAUUUAAAAAACCCAAAUUUAGAUACUUUUGAAUGUGGGUGUUAUAAAUGGGAACACUUAGAAUGGGAUGACGCUAAUAAAAAAUGUGAUGUACAUAAAUGGAGUUGCGAAACAGAUAAAAUUAAAGAUGUUAUUGGAAAAGAUUAUUGUUCGGCAACAGAUAUAUCUAAACAUUUUAAAAGUUGUAAAGUAAAUGACUUAAAUAAAGGAAUAGAAUGUGAAUGUGUAGAUGGAUUUAAGUGGAACGAUGAAAAUAAAACAUGUGAUGAACAUACAUGGGAUUGUAAUACAGAUAAAAUUAAAGAUGUUAUUGGAAAAGAUUAUUGUUCGGAAACUGAUAAAACUAAACAUUUUAAAAACUGUAAAGUAAUUGACGGAAAUAAAGGAAUACAAUGCGAAUGUGUAAAUGGAUUUGACUGGAUUGAUACAACUAAAACAUGCGAUGAACAUAAAUGGGAUUGUAAUACAGAUAAAAUUAAAGAAGUUAUUGGAAAAGAUUAUUGUUCGGCAACAGAUAUAACUAAACAUUUUAAAAGUUGUAAAGUAAAUGACGUAAAUAAAGGAAUAGAAUGUGAAUGUGUAGACGGAUAUAAGUGGAAUGAUGAAAAUAAAUCAUGUGAUAAACAUACAUGGGAUUGUAAUGCAGAUAAAAUUAAAGAAGUUAUUGGAAAAGAUUAUUGUUCGGCAACAGAUAAAACUAAACAUUUUAAAGAAUGUAAAGUAAUUGACGGCAAUAAAGGAAUACAAUGCGAAUGUGUAAAUGGAUUUGACUGGAUUGAUACAACUAAAACAUGCGAUGAACAUAAAUGGGAUUGUAAUACAGAUAAAAUUAAAGAAGUUAUUGGAAAAGAUUAUUGUUCGGCAAAAGAUAUAACUAAACAUUUUAAAAGUUGUAAAGUAAUUGACGGCAAUAAAGGAAUACAAUGCGAAUGUGUAAAUGGAUUUGACUGGAUUGAUACAACUAAAACAUGCGAUGAACAUAAAUGGGAUUGUAAUACAGAUAAAAUUAAAGAAGUUAUUGGAAAAGAUUAUUGUUCGGCAACAGAUAUAACUAAACAUUUUAAAGAAUGUAAAGUAAUUGACGGCAAUAAAGGAAUACAAUGCGAAUGUGUAAAUGGAUUUGACUGGAUUGAUACAACUAAAACAUGCGAUGAACAUAAAUAAAAUUAACAUAACAUACUUCAAAAUUUACAAAAUUUUUAUAUAAUUUUAAUUUAAUGUUUAUUUA